GGCCUGUACUUAUAGCGAAGAAGAACCUUCAAUGAGAUGUGAUUUUUCUUUCUUCAUAGUCUGUAUUUGGUCUUUAAAAUUGCUGAUUUUUAGGCAAGAAUAAUGGGAAAGCAUUGCUGUUUCGGAAUGUGCAAUAGCGAUUCACGUUAUGCAGAACGACCGCACAUGGAAGGGGUUUUCUUUUUACCAUUUGCCAAACCUAAAACAAUGCUUGAGAAAUGCAAUAUAUGGUUAAAGGCAUGUGGAAGAAAAGACUUUGGUGUGGAUAACAUAACAAAGCACACAUACGUUUGUUCUAAACAUUUUGUUGGAGGAAAGGGACCCACCGCAGAACAUCCCAAUCCACUUCCAGCCGCGGUGACUCGGCUGGAGAAAGAACUUGCAGCGAAACCAGUACGCCCAGGCCAAAGUUUCCGGGACAGGCAGCACACAAUACCUCCUCCGAAAAGAAGAAAAACAGACAAAAUUCACAUUGGCUUGAAAGCCAGUGAUGAAAUAGAAGGCGAAGAACCAAAUUAUCAGUUCGCUGAUAUUGAUAUUGAUACCCGCCAUAUCAAAGAGGAGGUAAUGGAGGACGAAUAUUAUGAUGGCAUUUCUGGGACAUCAGCACAACAAAGGGAUGCUGUUCCCAUCUCGUACCAGGCUGCAUCAACAACUUCUGACAACGCACCAAUGGAGAGGAAAGAUCUUCAAGCCAACAUCAAGCAAGAAAAUGAUGCAGAGGUAUUUGGAGCGGAAGGUCUUUCUGAUGGGGUACAAUCCUUGAGGACAUCAUCCGUCACGUCAGAAGAUCUGUGCAGACCAAACAACCUUCCAGUCGGACAUAAGACGCCAAUCGAUCCACCAUCAGAACUCAGGAAACUUUUAUUGAGAGACGUGAAGCAAGAAAAUGGAGAAUACAGAGCAAAUACUGUACAGAGCAUUGAGCAUUCAUUGCCAAAUUAUGGUCGUACAUCAAGAUCUGCUGCUAUAUCUCAAUUUGCAAGAGUUCUUAGGAAUCAGAGGGAAGAAGAAGAAGUAGCUCGCUGCUCCACUUGUUUUGCAGGAUUACCCUCCAAAGCUCUCCUUUUUAAACAUUUGAGAAUCCAUAACGAUGAAAAAUAUCACAAAUAUUUUGAGAGUGAAGAGAAAUUCUACCCCCAUUCUCUUUUGAAGAGGCAUCAAGAUAAACACAGAGAAAAAGAUAAACACAGAGAAAAAGAUCAACAUUGUUGUUCUACUUCGCGUACUCAAGCUCAAGAGCAUGCCCAUAAAAGAAAUCUGUCUGUUCAUGGAUCAGUCGUGGCGGAACAUCCUCGCCAGAAUUCUAAGGGUAAGGAAGAGUUGUCUUCUAAAUCUGAUGAGGAAGGAGAAAGGCCCCCAAGAAUAGAAAUCCGCAAUGGCAGGCCCAUGUUCAUAUGUCCGAUAUGUGCGAAAGGAUACACUCGUACGUAUAACCUUAACAAACACAAGGUAUUAAAACACACUGGUCUAUAUCCACAUUCUUGCCCUUCCUGCGACAGAGGUUUCAUUUCAGAAUGUGGACUUUCAAGACAUAUGUCGAUGCAUAUAGUUGGAAAGCGUUUCAAAUGCCCAGAGUGCAAUAAAAGAUUCACACGCAAGAGAGACCUACGGCGACACCUCAAACAUCACGCUGGUCUAAGGCGUUAUGACUGCCCACAGUGUAAUAGAGGAUAUUGGAAAAGAGAAUAUUUGGUGAGGCAUAUGGAGGAAUACAACCACGGAAAGCGAUGGCAGUGUACGACAUGUGACAAGUCAUACGAGUCUGAAAUAGCAUUUAAAGUGCAUAUGAACAGCCACUCUAGGGUAAAGCAGUACGACUGUUCUGUGUGCUAUCAGGCAUUCAUGUAUAAGGAGUCUCGCGAUAAGCACAUGAAGAAACACCAAAAACAUCACAAAUGUGGCGAGUGUGAUGAGGAAUUUCUGUAUGAAAAGAAUCUGGAGAAGCACAGGAGGAGACACAGUGGUUUCAAGUGUUCUGAAUGUCAGAAGGAAUUCAUGUUUCAUAACGAUCUUCAGAAACACAUGGAAAGACACACUGCCCCUAGGCCUCACCCAUGUCCAAAGUGUGACAGAGGAUUCUACUUCAAGACUAAUCUGAAUAAGCACGUGCGAAAACACACUGCCCCAAAGCCCUUCCAGUGCUCUUUCUGUAAUAAGGGAUUCAAUUUCAAGCGAGAUCUGAGGAGUCAUACCAAGUCGGCACACCCUGAGGAAGAUGAUCUUCAAUGUUCUGAGUGUUACAAGUCAUUUACUAGCUCUACAUCCAUGUAUACCCACAUGAAAACACAUUUUGACGAGAAUUCUUAUGCGUGUCCCAAGUGUAUGAAGAAACAUCCCUCUAAAUUUGCCCUCUUUGUACACAUGCGUAAACACGUUGGGAUCGCUCGCCAUAAAUGCGGGCAAUGCAAGAAGAUGCUGUCUACCAGGCGUAAACCCGUUGGGAGUAAGCUUCCCACGUGCUCCCAGUGCGAGAAGAGGUACAGAACCAAUGAUGAGCUGAUCCGACGUGAAAACACACGCAGCAAAGAAGAGCCUUCGGAAUCGGGUGGGCGAGUUCAAGACAUCCUUCCCCAGUGAACCGAAAAUUAAAACUCUGUAAAAUAUUGCAAAUUGUGUGUAUGUCAUUUCAAAGCUGAAACCGUAACUGUUAUGAUCCUUUCAUUCUCCUUUUUCUUCUGGUAAUCUUCAAAGGGCUAUGCAGCCUAUUUUUUGAAGAAAUUGUGUGAUUAUGGAAUCCUAUGCUAAUUAUUCAAAAUAAAUAUUAAUUAGUGUGACGUACGUGAUAUUUUCAUGUAUGAAAAGGCAGAUGAAAAUAAGAAAUGCAUGUUGAAUGUUAUAAUUGAUCAAUUGCAAAAUAACUACUUUCUUUUGAUUACUACAAAAAAUUUCUUGAUGAGACAUUUGUUUGCUGUGUGCGAGACAUGUACACCCAUUAAUAGUAUUUCCACCAAGUCUGGUGUCAGCGAAUUAUGACCUACUACACAUGGAAACUGACGACCUUUAAGUUCUUAGUGGAUGAAAUGUGCUGCCACAGUAGAUAUAAACUUUAACUAAUUUGACUUUAGUAGUAAUGUAUUUAUAAUACUUGUUCUUAUUAUAGUUAGACGUGUACAUACAUAGCAUGUAUACUGCAGAAAAAGUAAUUGCCUGAGAAUAUAAUCUGAUUGACAACAUAACUUUCUAAGUGAUUGUGUUAAUAAAAUUAAACCUUGCAGAUUUAUAAGAAGGGAUACAAAGUUGUUAAUGUACAUGUACAGGUAUACAUAUAUUCAACUCUGAUAAUACAAAUGUAUACAACCCUUUUCAAAUCAUUGAAAUUCAACUUUUACUCUUAUUCAUAUUUAAUUAGAGUCAUUUUUUCUCCCUACAAUUCCAAACCAUUUAUAUAUAUGUAUUAUGAAUAAAUAUUCAUAUUCUGUUUUUAAUUAAUUUUAGUUCCAUAUUAAAUGACUUAUUAUAUGUACAUACUGUAAGUACACUUUUUAUUGAUAUUUCGUUCAUCAAUUAGUAUAUAUUUUCUCUGUAUGCCUUAUUAUUUUCAAUGUUAACUCACUGGACUGUAUGAUAUGUUACAGGACCACAAUGCAAAACAGCCAUGUGUUGAUUAUAUUGUCUUGUUGAAAUAUGUUAUUAUAAAUGAAUAGUUUAAGAAAUAAUGUUUUGCAGUUGUUAAGAAUUUAAAUAAUAAUAAUUCCUC